AUGAAGGAAUCCAAUUUAAGUAUCCAUACUUUUGUCGAUGCCAGCAAGACAGCUUAUGCGGCAUGCAUUUUCUUAAGAAGUGAAUCCAGUAUGGGUUCAGUGACUGUUCAAUUACUUCAAGCCAAAUCACGAAUAACUCCAACGAAGACUAUUACUAUACCACGACUUGAACUAAUGGCUGCUACCAUAGGUGCUAGGCUGUUUAGUUCUGUGAAGCAAGCUCUAAAACUUCCCAACAUCAAGACUUACUUUUGGACAGAUUCUUCCACAGUUCUUGUGUGGAUAACUCGUCGAGAACAGUGGUCGGUCAGUAUUCGUUACAAACAGAAUAAGUGA